AUGCCCGUCAUCUACGAAGGGCGUUCCGAGCGCGGCACCUACCGGGAGAUCAAGGUUCCCAAGGGCUCCAAGAGCGUCAGCGCCAUACUCUACUUCGCCGGGCGCGACCCUCGCAGAGUAAAAGCCAUCCGCAAGUAUAUCGACGAGGACGAAGACCAUCAAACAGUUCACUCCGGGUCAGACUCAAUAUUAUCAUGGAUGACCUCCAGUUCGGGAAGCAGUAAUAUUUGGCUUGUUGAGUCGAGGUAUCCGGAUUGGAUGUACGGUUCUGCCAGGGAUGAUGAGUCUGUGACAAGUUCGAGGUCGUCUCAUUCAUCGAGGAGCAGACGUCGGAGUUCGACAUCACCUUCCUCCUCAUCGGGAAAACAUUCACACAACCACUACCACCGCACCACGCCCGUACCACCCAUGCCUUACCCACCCGGCAUGUCUGGCAUCCGUCCCAUGCCAAUGCCAACAAGCACCUGGCCUCGCGGUGUCCCUACUGCUCACCCCCACAUGCAAACCACUACGGCAAUUCCCAUCCCAGAAGACUACGACGAAGACGAUGACGUCUCCUCUGAGUCAAGCGCCUCCAGUAUUGACGAUGACUAUCCUGCCCCCAACCCUGCCCCCAACGGUCCCACGGGUGGUUCAGUCCCGGGCUUUGUUGCGGUCCCUGGCCCUGCUCCAGGACAAGAGCAGGGUGUUGCAUCAGCUGCAGCUGCAGCUGCUGCAGGGCAGUUCCGUCACCCGGUGUAUGGCAAUGUCCCGAGGACUGUACCAGGUGUUAUUUCGGGAGCUGCUGCUGGGAGACCGGGAAUGCCGCCACCUGGGAUUGUUGGUGCUGGGGCCGGGGCUGCGAGCGUGCCGCCUCCUCCUCCUCCUCCUCCGGGGGCUGCGAUGCCUCCGCCACCGCCGGGGUUUAGGCCUGGGACUGCCCAGCGUUGA